ACAGUUUUCAAAGUACGGUGGUUUAUGUGGAAACCAGUUGCUCCUUUUGUCCCGAAGUGAUCUAUCUCUUAUCUCGUGAAGCCCCUGUCACUAUUAUUGUGGGCCUAGUGGCACACUCAUUUUUUUCCUAAAACAUAUCGAUGAGUGGUUAAUAAAACGUGACAUUAUACACACAACAGUAAGCAAUCAAGGGUUCGAAUAUGAAACACCGGGUCUUUAUAUGCCAAACCUUGUCUUCCGUGUGGUUAACGCAUGAGACUGACUUAUAAAGCCCGGAAAUAUAGUGCAAAAUUUCCCUUGAGGUUUCAGUCCCCAUGAAGUUUUGCUCAAAGACAGAGAAGGUAGAGGACAAAGACAGCCAUUAUAUGGAUAGGAAAGAAUCUGGCAAGGGAAUUUCUGAGGAAGUGACUCGGGAGUCACUAAUCGCCUUAUCAUACUGUGUACCAGAGAAGGAUCCUUCUAUCGAAUCUCCACCUGAAAUAUCCAACGGUGAGCAUGUGGUAAAAUCUGCUAACGACGUUAGAGAUGAUAAAUGUAGGUCAGAACUGAUGUCGAUAUCCUAUGCAGAGUCACCAGACACUGAAGUUCAACCAGUUUCACCUGGAGAAUUCAAGGGCUAAUAUAAACAGCUGGUUUUAUAGGCCAGCUCCAUGUUAACACUCUUCUUUUGUUACAUGUUGUUAUUCACUUUAUAAAGAACUGGAUAUUGCUUAAA